AUGUCAACUUCUUCUUCUGAAGAAGAAGCUGAAGGCGGAAGAGAUGGCGGUGGAGGAGGCGGCGGCGGUGCUGAGACCGGAAGAGCUUCGACUUCUCGCAUACGACGGCGAUUCGGCAACCGGGUUUGGCCUGCUCCUUUCCUUGAAGCACUUGCUGCUCAAGUUACCAUUGAUGCUUCCCUUUCCAAUGGCCGUGUUUCUGCCGCUCCUUCUCUCUGCAGCCUUUUUCAGGUUUGUUCAACAUGGAGAGCAGUAUCAAGAUCCGAUCUCUUAUGGCAGAACUUAACAAGACGAAUCUGGAACAGAAGUCACCUUCUUCUACCAAUGCAGAACUCAUGGCGUGAAGAGUUCAUCUUUUGGCAUCGCACCACACAAAACUUCCGCCUCCAUAGAUACAUUUACACCACCCUUCAAAUCCCUCCGCCACUGGACAAUAAUGAUAACAACGACGGCCUAUCUUGUCGACGUCUAGCCCUAUCCGAUCACUACAUCGCCGCGGGUUUAUCCAACGGUUCUGUUUCCGUGUUCCAUUUACCUAGUAGGGUUCACUUGUCCAUAUUCUACCCUCACCAUCGCGACCGCCUCGGCCGCUUUUCCAUCUCAGUUUCCGGCAUCAUUUUGUCCGAUGCACAGCUCGUUUUCGCCUCCCUAGACGGAGACAUUCAUGUCGCAAUCAUCAACGGGCCAAACGCCACGCGACGAGCACAUUUAGGUGAUGUUGUCAAUGAUGGAGCUUUGGUAGACUUCACUGGGUGUAACCGCUGGUGGGUUGGCCUCUAUGCAGGAGUCCCUGGUCGAGCAUUUCGUGUAUGGAAUAGCGAAACAGAAGAGUUAGUCUUUGUGGGCGGCUCGCUAACCGAUCCGGAAGCGGUAAUGGGGUGGCACUUGCUCACCGAGCAGUUGAGCGGUUUCGUAGGGAGAAUUCGUGUGACGAGCCACGAAACCGCCAUGACUUGCACGAGCGUGCGAGUCAUGGUAUUCGACCUGCGAAACCAAGGCGUAAUCCUAGGGGAAGAAGAGUUCCAUCGCGAGAUCGUCGUAGGGUGCGUGGACGCGAGAGACGAGUUGUUUCUGGUGGUCGAUAGCCGCGGCGUGGCGAGCGUGCGGCGAAUCGGGACGUUGGAAGAGGUGUGUAGGUUUAUGGCGAGAGGCGUGUCGUCGCAAAGAGGAGGGGAUGUUUUAGGGUGCAUCAACGGCGGAUUCGCGGUGAUCUUCGCGGCGGGUGUAAUUAGGGUUUGGGACAGAGAGCGAGGGGAAAACUUGUACAGUUUUAGGGAGCGAAUAGGGAGCGCUAGCGCUUUGGUGGCAGAUGAAAGAUAUGUGGCUGGCUGUUCUAAUGAUGGUACGAUUCAUUUGUGGGACUUUGGAGCUCAAUAG